CCCGGAAAUGAAAUCCUCUGAUUGGCCUGCCGUGCCCCCCCAGUAACGUCCAUGACGCGCGCCCCGCCCCUACCCGAAGCGCCUGCGCACAGCCCGGCGGGCGGGCCAAAAAGCGCGGAGUCACGGCUGGAGGGAGGGGGAGCAGAAUUAGCGGGCAGUUGGAAAGCCCGCGAAACGCUUUUUCCGCCUGGGAGGCCGGACGACCGCGCUCGGGCAGGAGGAAGAGGAGGUGCUCCCCAUCUGGGCUCCACCUUCUUUUCAUGCCAAUACUCAAAGUUCACGCCCCUUUUUUGCUCAGCCGUCAGCCCGGUCUGUGAGAAGGGUGCUUCUGCCCUCAUAUGCCUCUCUCCCUGUGACCCCGGCCCCUUCAGACUCCGCUACGUCGUCUCUCGGCCCCGUCCAACAGCUCCUGACUACUCUUCGCCGGGGUCUGCUUCCCAAUUCCCUGUCGCCAGAGCUCGCGAGCUCAGUCGGCUCUGCGUCCUGGCGGUGGGGAGUCCUCGCGGAGCCCCUGCGCGUGCCAGGCCAUCCGGGACUACGUUUCCCAGCGGGCUGAGCGGACGGCGCCGAUGCUGCGGUCAGGUGACCCGGUCGCCUGACCGCAGUGAGUGAGGCCGGGAGGGCGGGGCCGCGCCGGCUGCUGGGGCUCGCCCUUGGCCCUUUAAUCCCCUUCGUGGGCCCCUCAAGCUGGAGCGGCCACGUUCUUGGGGCUUCGCCGGGGGUUGUGCUCUUCCGUACUCGGAUCGCUUCUUAGAAAUAUUCUAACUGCCGGUGGGGAGAACUGCGCCCUAAACCUGGGAUUCUGAUCCAGGAACUGGAAGUUGACAGCUUGGCUGCCUGGCUCCUGCAUCUGCCUUCUCCACUCACCAUCUCAUUUCUUUCUCCAGGAUUGUCAGUGGCUUCGCCCCGAGGAGAGCUGACUGCCCUGGGCUGCUGCCUCCGGCAGAGCUGAGCCAAAAUGUCCCCGGAAUCUAAAAAGCUUUUCAACAUCAUUAUUUUAGGAGUUGCCUUUAUGUUUAUGUUCACUGCCUUUCAAACUUGUGGAAAUGUGGCGGUGAGUUGGAAUCUGUCCUCCCUCCUUUGAAGUGCCCAUCAUAAUGCAUUACAGAAAUGAUAAUAAACGUUAAUUAUAUCUAA